CUGAAAGUAAAACUAUGGCCAGAUGGCAUUUCAUGUAGGAAGAUAACAGCGUUAAUAAAAGCGGAUAUAGGCUGUUUGUAAAAACAAAAAUAUACAGCAAAAUUUGUCCUUGUCUUAUAGAAACAGUUCUUUCUACAAGACUAAAGGUGGCGAUGCAGAUCAAUACUUUCAGCGCUAUUUUGAUCGUGUUCAAGUUCGUCAUUAACUCUGAUGGCUUCCUGCUACAUGGCUCUGCUGGUCCUCUAACAGCCCGGCUGGGAGGAGCUGUACUGCUGCCCUGCUUUGUGGACAGACCCCUGCCUUUGGAGGAGCUGGAGGUGGACUGGAGAAGGACUGAUUCAGACACUAUUGUGCACCUAUUCCAGGAUGGUCAGAGCAGACCUGAAUCACAAGGGGAUGCCUACAGGGACAGAGCCCAGUUAUUCCCUCAGGAAAUCCCCAAAGGCAACUUCUCUCUGCUGCUUGAGGAAGUGAGGGCUGCAGAUGCAGGAGUGUACAAGUGUGUGGUUUACACAGAGCAGGAGCAACGUGAAACACGGGUGGAAAUACAGGAAGUAGACAGGCUGGUGGUGACGGGUGCAGAUGAGCCUGUCUAUGCACAUGCUGGAGAGGAUGUGACUCUCAGCUGCUCUGUGGACACCCAUGUUAAUGUGACAGAGCUUCAGGUGGAAUGGAAAAAGACAGAGGAUGAUGGUGACAUCAUGGUGCUUCUGUAUGCUGAUGGAGAGAACAGACCAGAGUCACAGGAUAGGAGAUACUCUGGAAGAGCUCAAUUCUGCACUGAGGAAAUUCCCAAAGGAAACUUCUCAAUGAAACUGAGGAAAGUCAGGACUGAAGACAAAGGAGGGUUCAGGUGUGAAGUUCACUCAGAUACUGAUUCUGCCAGUACAACUGCCAGGAUAGCAGCACUGGGUUAUUCCUCCCUGCAUUGGCUGAUUCUGGGGCUGUGCAUCGCUGUCACACCUGUAGUCCUACUUAUUGGUGCUUUAUCUGUCAGGCAUUUAAGGGAAGAUAACAGCAGACAGGCUCUGCUGAGUCACUGUUCACAUGUCACAGCUCCACCAAUCAUGGUUUCCACAGCCUUCAUCCUGUGGGGUGUAACUGAAGGAUCCACAGAAGAGGCUGUUACUUUUACAGCCAUCAGUCUGCUGUAUAUCCUGGUGUUAUUUUAUAUGGCUCCAUAUCGGAAAUCAUCCACAGCUACAUGGCGAUUAAUUAUACGCCUCACUCUGAGAACUGUAUUUCCCCUCAUUAUGGUUGCUGUCCUAACAGGCCCAGGGAUAAAAGUUAGAGUCCAGAAACAGCUGAAACAUUUUCAUGACAGCUGGUGCCAGUUGGACUGCGCAUUCCUUUAAGACCCUCCCUUUGAGCUCGUCUGGACCCGGGCCUUUGUGAGGAUUAACCUUUUGCAGUAUAGUGAUCACUCUUUCCUCCUGAAUAAUCAUUGGGUCAGAGGUUCUUUCAUUGAGUUCUCAGUGAAAUAUUCCCCAUCUCCAGCUGAAAAAGCAACAUUUGGAG